AUAGGAAAAACUAUUAUCUCUUUCAUCAUUUUUUGCUGUUUUUAGAUUUUUUUUUAUCUUCUUCCUGGGUGAAUAUUCUUCUUCCGGGUCAUCCUUGUGCUUCCUACUCCAUUUGUUUGUAUUGAGAUCUGCAAAGAUGAGUGAUGAUGAGAUGGCGUGUUUUUUGGCAGCAGCCACUGUUGCGUCAUAUUUUCUAUAUAAAAAAAGAGAGAAGAGAAAGAAGAGGGCUCGCAGAUACUGUAUCCAGCCCGUAAUUGCUGAUCGAGAAGAGAGAGGCCAAUUUUGGGUCAUGUACAGUGACCUACGUGAUCACGAGGAUACAUUUUUGGACUACACUAGGAUGUCCAUAAAAAGCUUUGAUGAGUUAUUGGGUUUACUCAGUAGUCGGUUGCAGCGAAUGGACACAUAUUUUCGUAACCGUAUACCACCUGUGGAGCGACUAAUCAUCACACUGAGGUAUCUAUCAACCGGACAAUCGUUCGCAAGUCUACACUAUGCCUUUCGUGUUGGAAAAUCGACUGCAAGUUACAUCGUCCGUGACACCUGCUCUGCUAUUUGGGAAGUGUUGAAGGAUAUUGUAUUUAAGAAACCUACAGCAGAGGAAUGGUCACAGAUCUCCGAAGUUUUCUGGCAACGCUGCAACUUCCCCAAUUGCGUUGGAGCGAUCGAUGGGAAACAUAUUCGGAUCGUAAAGCCCAUGGGUAGCGGAAGCCAGUAUUUGAAUUACAAAAAAUAUUUUUCUUUUGUUUUAAUGGCUGUGGCUGAUGCUAAUUAUUGCUUCCGUUACAUUGAUAUUGGGUCAUAUGGCAGCAGCGCUGACUCUACUAUAUUUGGUAAUUCAUCUUUUGAACACAUGCUGCGUACCAAUAGUCUGGACCUUCCAGAAAACAGUCCACUCCCGGGCACAAAUGGCCCUCCCCUACCCAGUGUUUUUGUGGGGGAUGAGGCCUUUUCUCUGAGUGAGCAUCUUCUACAGCCUUAUUCAGGGCACAAUCUAACUGAACAGGAGAGUGUGUUCAAUUAUCGGCUAACAAGAGCACGUGGAGUUGUCAAAUGUGCUUUUGGCAUUUUGGCAAACAAAUGGCGGGUCCUACACACUCCCAUUGUUCUAAAUAUGCAAAAUGCAGUCUGUGCUGUUAAAGCUGCAUGUGCCUUGCAUAACUUCGUAAGGCAGCGGGAUGGAUUCGACUUUGAGGACCAAGUGCAUGAGAACAUUGAAAGAGCUCAUUGGACUGGUGUACGUGAAAGCAGACAAGGUACACAUGUCCGGGAUCAAUUUGCGUCAUACUUUAUGUCUCCAGCAGGACAGGUCCCAUGGCAGCUUGAUGCAAUUGAAUAAUUUCACCUUUUCAGUUUUUUCUUAACAACCAUAUACUAUGCUGUACUGAAGAAUUUAUAAAAAUGAUUGAUGUAUUGA